AUGGUAUGCUGGACCCUUGGGAAUUAUGCGGACAAGACUAAUCAAGAUAUGCAGUCUACAACACCAACGCCCUACAAGCCCUCGCCCCUCUCCUUCAACAGUCCGCGCCAGUCGCCCUUCCGCAGACCAGGCUCCAUCAGGGAGAGCUCACCGUCUACCUUGCGACCAUCGACGCCGAAUAGUUCGCCUCUAAAGCCUAAAGAGACUCCGACAUCCCCUGCGCAAACCCCCAACCGUCUGUCCAUUGGGGGCAACCCAUCGCAGAACCCGCCAUCCUGGCUGAACACACGGGGGACGACGGGCACCCCAGAAGCGCCCAAUUCGCCUUCUCGAAAUCUCUCGCCUGGACGCAAUGUCUCGCCAACGCGGAAUGUUUCCUCGUCUUCGCAGAUGACGGUGCGCCCUCUAAGUACAUCAUCCAUCGCAGCCAAGUUUGAGGCCGCUGGGAGGGACGACGCACCACCGCCUCUGUUUAGCAGAAAAAAGUCACCACCUGUCGAGAAUAUCGAGCCAAUUGAGAGCCUCAAGCCAGCCGAGAUUCAUACUCCGGUUGAGGAGCAGAAGCCGGCUGAGCCCUACAAGCCGGUCGAGACAUACAAGCCAGUCGAAACCUUCAAGCCAGUCGAAACCUACAAACCUGUCGAGACCUACAAGCCAACAGAGCGCAAAGCACGACCAGCACCCAUGCAACGCAUGGCCUCCAGCGACGCCCUCUCCAAACUGCCCCCACCCCUCCUCCACAGCAUGCGCGAGUCCUUCAGCGUCAUGGACCGCGACGACGACGGUCACGUCAACUCCGCCGACGUCGCAGACAUGCUCUCCCAACUCGGUCUCUCGGCCACCCCCUCCCAACUCUCCACCUACUUCAACGGCGCACAAUCCAUCAACCUAGCGACCUACCUGACCACGCUAUCCGACCUCCUCGGCAACCUCUCCCACCAGAACGAACUGACCGCCGCGUUCGAGGCCUUCGAUGACAAUGACGACGGGCAGAUUGAUUUGGCGGAGUUGAAGGAUGCUUUAUUGCAUACGGCGCCUGAGGCUGGGGAAAGGAAGUUGACGGAGCGGGAGAUUGAUAUGGCUAUUGAGGGGUUUAGCGGGCGGAGGGCUUUCGCUAAGGGAGGGAAGAGUUUGGGCAAUAGGACGGAGGUGUUUAGAUGGCAGGAGUUUAUGUUUAGUCUUACGGGUGGGGGUGGUAAUGGUGGGGAGAAUGGCGAGGGGGCUGCGGCGCCGGCGUAG